AUGGCGGUGCCGGCAGCGAAGACAAUUGUUGCAACCGGGUGCACGUCGGGCUUGGGCUUCGAGCUUGUCAAGCAGCUCCUUGCAGAAGCCCAGCCGUAUCAUUUUAUCCUAGGGGCGCGAGACAUCAACACGGCCCAGGCCGCCUACGACAAGAUCCAGUAUGACAGCAAGCACACUGUGACCAUUCUGCCUGUGGAGCUCUCCGAUCUGCAGACUGUCAAGUCGUUUGCGCACCAGACGCUGGAGACGCUAGGACAGCGCCCUAUUGACUACCUACUACUCAACGCAGGCAUUGCUCGCGAUGCCGACGACAGACCCGGCCCCAACGGUUCGCAAUGGUGCGACUCCUAUAUCAUUAAUCACUUGUGUCAGUGCCCCGAGUGUCCUCCGCCGGUGUGCCUUUUGCAGCUGUUGAUUGCUGACGAACCUCAAGCCCAGCACUAUCUGAUACACUUACUGAGGGCGAAACUCGAGUUUUCUCAUUCUCGCAUCGUCGUGGUUUCUUCUGGGGCAAUUAGGAGGGUCAAGGAGACUAGUGGUUUGGAAGAUCAGCUCAAGGCCGGUGCUUGUACAGAAACAGGCCUCUACCCGACCACCAAGUUCAUCCAGCUCCUCGGCGCACACUGGUGGCGCCGUGAGCUCAUGGGCAAGUGCACAGUGGUCGCUACAUCUCCCGGUCUGAUUCCCGGUACUGGAAUUGGCCGCUUCGCGAAGCCAGGCCAGCCGUACCCGUCUCCGAACCACCCAGACGCUAAGAGCGUUCCAGAUGGGGCACGGAGCAUCCUGGCAGCUUUCACAAGGGAUGAUCUCCCGGAGGAUCCGGAGAGGAUCUUCCUGACGAGCUGGGGUGAGUGGUGGCCUAAGGAUGUGUAUAGCCUGGCCCUAGACAGGGAGUUGCAGAAUAAGUGGUGCCCGACCAAAGAAGACAUCGAGAAGGUGGAAGGCAUCGCGGCAUAG